CAACAACCUGUUCGAGAAAUGAAACCGCCGAUGUUGCUAGAUAGGAUUUUGUAUUGGCAACGGUUGCUCGAUCGAGCCAUCGCCACAAAACCGACGGGUGCGGCAAAGAAUAACCGGCUGGUUCAGGUUUCUCUUUACGCCAUCCUCCAGGAAAGCUUCGAUCUUUACCGGGAUAUCUCCGAUGGACUCGGUCUCCUGUUAGAUAGUUUCUUCCAUUUGCAACAUCAAUCGUGCAUCAAUGCGUUUCAAUACUGUAUCAAAGCAACGAAACAGUUCGAAGAGCUUUCUUCGUUUUAUGAUUACUGUAAGGAGCUCGGAAUUGGUAAAAUUUCGGAGUAUCCGAGAGUGCAGCAGAUAUCUGAAGAGUUAAUGGAGACAUUGCAAGAAUUCUUGAAAGACCAAGCUUCGUUUCCUUCUCAUAAUUCACGUUGUUUGCCUUUUCCGUCACCUGCCGAUGAUCCUGAAGAACCUUGUGAUGAACCUAUAUGCCCAUCUUUCUCGCCCGGGCAUUUUUCGGAGACUGCUGAGGAACAAUGCCAUGAACAAGAUGAUAUGUAUAAUGUCCACGAAACUGGUUCGAAUCAUUCACUGCCUAUUCACCAUGAGUUUUGGAUGACUAGAGAUUUAUUAUCGUUCGACGAUUGGCUGACGAAUGAUAAUAAAUCCCAAGAGCUACAAAGUUCAGCUAUGGAGAAUUCUACUAAUGGUGGUGACUCUUUGUUUGACAACUGGUUUCAACAAGAUGAUAAACAAGAACAAGCUUCUGAAAAUGGUCUCUCCCCUUUCAACAACUGGCUCGAAGAAGACCAAAGCAAGGAAACUUCUCAAAAUGGAGCCGAAGGUAAUUCAUCUGUCAACGACUGUCUUCAAGAAAAUCAACAGCAUGAGCAAGAUCAUCUGAAUGCAGUCAAGGGCCAUUCGUAUUUCGAUGACGAUCAAUAUGUAGGAAAUGGCCGCUCCUUGUUCGUCGAUUGGCUCCGGGAAGAUAGAAAAGAACCCGAAGAGCAGCAACAAGAUUUGGCACUGAAUUCGAGCAAUGAUGGUUACAAGGAAGGAUGGGAGCUUGUGUUUGCUGAAGCCACAACACAACUGCACAAGAUUCUCAACAUUUCGCCAAAGGAACUGAUAAAAAACCAAUAGUACCUCAAGGCAUAGACAAUUCAUUUCUUGAAGAUGAAGCAGAUAUAUCAGCAUCCAUUGCAACCACUGCUAUCAAUGCCACUACAGCUUCGCCCGAUGAGUUCUCGAUGGCACCAACAUUUCAGGCAGCACCACCAACUUUCUUUGCUCAAGAACUUAAUGACGAUGCCAGGCCAACGUUUCAGGCGAUUCCGACUUCUCUUUCUGAGGAUCCUAAUAGCACAACAGAAGCGUUUCAAGACAGCGUAUACGAUGACCCUUUCGCCCCGUGGCCUGCCAUGGAAGCUAGCAAUAAUACUUCUUUUAAUGGGUCAGAUGAUCAGCAAAAUCUGUUACUUCAACAAGAGCUGUGGUUGCAGAAGCAAGACAAGAUUCUGAAUAAAAUUGUCAUAUCUGAUACGUAAUUAACGUUGUACAACAAUUUUACUAUAGAUGGAUUAUUAUUAUUCUUUGGUUUGCUAAUAAAAUCCA